AUCGCAAAUGCCAUUCGGGAGACCGAAGGUGUCUCUCUAUUGGAUGUAGACCCGGGACAGUCCACUAAUCGCACUGUCUAUACAUUUGUCGGCUCUCCCGAUGCAGUAGUGGAGGGGGCGUUAAAUGGGGCCCGAAUUGCAUAUAAACUUAUUGAUAUGAGUAAACAAAAGGGAGAACAUCCACGACUCGGCGCUCUCGAUGUCUGUCCAUUCAUUCCGGUUCGAGGCGUCGAUAUGGAUGACUGCGUCCAAUGUUCUCAUAAAUUUGCCCAAAAGUUGUCUCUCGAACUUAAAGUUCCGGUUUUUCUGUACGGAUUCGCCGCUAAACAAGACUACAGAAAAACUGUCCCACAAAUAAGAGCCGGAGAAUACGAAGGACUAUCGCAACGAAUCACUACUCCUGAAUGGAAACCAGAUUAUGGUCCAAAUGAGUUUAUACCCCGAUGGGGGGCAACGAUGUCCGGCGCCCGUAAAUUCCUCAUCGCUUAUAACGUUAACCUAAUCUCCACUAAAGAACAGUCGCAUAGAAUAGCAUUGAAUAUCCGAGAAAAAGGACCAAAUAAUGACAAAUCGGAGCGAUUGAAAGGAACCCAAGCGAUGGGCUGGUGGUUGGAUGAGGCGAAUAUAGCACAGGUAACCGUCAAUAUAUUGGAUCACGAAAUUACUCCAAUUCAUGUGGUCUACGAAGAAGUGGUCAAAAACGCUGAACAACUUAAACUUCCGGUCACUGGAUCUCAAAUCGUUGGUUUAGUGCCGUUGAGCGCUAUUCUCAAAGCGGCCGAGUAUUACAUUAAACGAGACAAUCUGUUUGUUCUGGAGGAGGACCAGAAGGUCCACUUAGCUAUCAAUCGUUUAGGGCUCAACUCUUUGGGACCAUUUGUUCCCAAUCAACGCAUAAUUGAAUAUAUGUUGACCGAUACUCAAAGUGAUGCUCUCAUUAAGAAGUCUGUUAAAGGGUUUGUGGAAUCAGUGGCCGCGCGAACUGCAGCGCCCGGCGGGGGUUCUGUGGCCGCAAAUAUCGGCGCAUUGGGCGCCGCUUUGGCCGCAAUGGUUGGCAAACUUUCGUACGGAAAGAAAGUGUUGCAACACAACGACGAAGCCAUGAGAAGGCUUUUACCACCACUUCAUUCAUCAAUCAAUGAAAUGCUGGCUUCUAUUGACGCCGACACUAAUGCUUACGAGGAUUACGUUUCGGCGCUUAAACUACCGAAGACUACACCAGAAGAAGUGGUCGCACGCGAUGAAGCGAUUAAAAAGGGUAUAAAUGGUGCCAUUUCUGUGCCUUUGAAUUUAGCCAGAAUUGUGUCCAAACUAUGGGAUGUUUGCAAAGAAUUGGCACAAAUUAUCAUUUAUGCGUCGAGAAGUGAUUUACAGGUUUCAGUUAAUUGUCUUAAAGUGGGAGUUUUGGGCGCUUAUUAUAAUGUCAUCACAAAUCUCUCCGAUAUUAAAGAUGAAGAUUACAAAAAUAAGAUAUGGGAUGAAAUUGAGAGCUAUAAAACUUUAGCAGAGAAAUCGUGUGAACAAGUGCUUAAGAUAUUGGAUGCGAGAGAACCACAAAAAUAAUAAAAGAAACUUUUUAUUUCAUAAAAUUCAAUGAAUAAAAUUCAAACUUAUAAACAAUAAUAAAAUACAAUACAUAUAAAGUAAUAUCUGAAUAAAUAUUUGUAACACAAC